CCUGUAUGUAAAUGCCAGUUUUGUAUGUCAGCCUAUUAAAUUCUCAGUUAGCAUUGGAUUAUAGUGCCAAGAGAGUGGCACAAAAUGGAAGUUUCUUGCAUAAUGUCUUAUGAUCCACAAAUUAUAUUGGAGCUUUCAAAAGAGGCCCAUGCUCAGCAUAACCUUGCUUCUCUGGGGGAAUGUAUCACGAAACUGGAACUGAUCCGUGAAAAACUCUUAAACAUAGACAGGAAUAAAAUGGAUUCAAAAGUAAUAUGGAAUUUAUGUGGUAUAAUAAACAGUGAGAUUAGUAAAUGGACAGAAGAAUGCUUACCUUCUUCAAAUAACCUUGAAGUACCUACACAAGCUUUGUUUUGUUUAAGAAAUGCCUUUGUCAACUGCUCAUCAAUACAACUCAUGGUAGCAGAGACAGAAGAACUUCGUAAUGUGGUAUUGGCAUCUAUAAAGUGGGUGUUCCUUUCUAAGCAUGGAAGAUUGAAAGAGGUAGGUGAUUUGGAAGAGAGGCAGCAAUCAGGCGAUUGUAGUGGGCUUUCUCGGUUGGCCAAAGCCUCCAUUACCUGUUUAGGAAAUUUAGUCGCUGCCAAUACGUCUACACGAAGGAUCAUGUGGCCUUAUUUACUGCCAUUGUUAAGAUCAUUGCUACAGUAUCAUGAGGAGACUGUAUCGUAUCUAGCAUGCAUGGUAAUUUUUAAUUGCCUUUUAGAGGAAGACCUCAAGAAACAAUUAUGCAGCUGCAGUGAUGUGGACAGUAUUAUCUGUGAUUUGCUGAGCCUUUACAUGGGAGGAGAAUGUAGUAGUGAACAGACAUCGUGCUUUGUCUUGUAUAAUCUUGAAUUGAUGUUGUGCUGUGACAGUAGAGUGAACGGUGUUUGGAAUCUCCUAUCUGUAAAUCAACAAAUGCUGUUGCUGGAGAUUUUAAGCAACAUUGUAGAGGGGAAGUCCGGCUCAAAAUGUGGAUCUUUGCCAGCUUUGUCAGUCAACUUUUUAACCACCAUGUUUAAGAACAGAGCAGAUAAGAUACUACGCACAAACACAAAUGAUGCUGAGGAUGACAGUGCCAUGGUUGUUACAAAACUUCUGUCGUUUAUUUGUUUGGUAGCAGCAUCUGAAGACUGGGGUCCAACGCUGAAAGAAGACAAGAGCCUUCUAAUUACAACUGUGUCACUGUUGCAGUGCAUGAAUGAAAUUGGAAAUGUUGAAGGCAACGAGUUUUCUAGAAUGAGCUUGGAUGACUUGGCUGACGAGCAGAGAGCGAAAGCGAAGAGCCAUCCGGCGUACGGCUUUAAACGCGAUCUCAUAAGACUUAUUGCCAGCCUUGUGUACAGACACAAAGCUAAUCAGGAUCAAGUUCGAGACAUGGGCGGCAUAACCUUGAUAUUAGAGAGCUCACAGUUUGAUGCCAGAAAUCCUGCCAUUAAGGAAGUAUCAAUAUACGCUAUCAGGAACCUCUUGGAGAAUAACUUGGAAAACCAGGAGGUCGUGAAAAAUCUUGAAUACAAAGGUGAUGCGGAAAGCCAGGGGAUGCAGCUGACUCGUGCGAACGGCAUGGUGGUCGUACACAAGGCUAAUUCAUCAGGCGAUGAUGAAUCAAAUCAGUGAACGAUCUUGUAUUUUCUUGUAGAGUGUUUUUGCAAAACUGAUUUAUUUAAAUUCA